GCCCGAUUCAACGUUCAUCGAUGUCUCAAUCCGACUUGGGGCAAGAGCUACACGAUUCCCAACGAGCAAGUGUAUCUUUGAAAGCUCAAAAGAAUACUCUCUUGAUCUCACACGGACGUCCGCCAUGGUAUGGUCCAGAUGGCAAACGUAUAAGUGAUGCAUUUGUUAUUGGCGUCGGAGGGGGCUCAGCGAGCGGAAAAACCCAUGUUGCGCGACAAAUAGUCAAGGCCCUAGGCUCAAUUCCGACAGUCCUUAUUCUCUCGCAAGAUAGUUUUUACAAGUACCAUUCCCCGGAAGAAAUGAAGCUGGCCUUCGAAAGUAAAUUCGAUUUUGAUCAUCCGGAUGCCAUCGACAUGCCCAUGUUUGCCUCUUGCCUCGCGGAUUUGAAAGCGUGCAGGCAGACGAAUAUUCCGGUGUACUCCUUCGCUGAACAUCAACGUCUUGAGGAAACAAAAUAUGCCUAUGGUGCCACCGUCAUUAUCGCGGAAGGUAUCAUGGCGUUACAUGACCCGGAAUUGAGAAGCCUCUAUGAUUUGAAGGUCUUCGUGCAGUGCGACUCAGACCUUAUGCUCGCACGACGCAUCGCGCGCGAUGUUAAGGAACGUGGAAGAAGCUUGGAUGGGAUUCUUGAACAAUACCUACGUUAUGUGAAACCAUCUUAUGAUACCUUCGUACGGCCCACCGCCGCUUUCGCUGAUAUAAUUGUUCCUGGGCAAAAUAACUCUGUGGCCAUCGACCUCAUCUCCACGCAUACUCGUCGACAGUUACAAGAACGUUCCAACUCUUUCCGACCGAGGAUGGUGACUUCAUCUUUACACGCACCAUCUUUAGUCGAUGAACCAUUGGAGAAUGACCCAAAUUCAAUGAUAUUACCCUCCACUCCGCAACUAGAGGGAAUAUUUACGAUACUGCGGUCCAAGGAUACCAGCAAUCAAGAUUUCAUUUUUUUCACUGAUCGGUUAUCGACGCUGCUCGUUGAGCAUGCUCUUCAAUUCCUUCCUUAUUCACCUCAUACCGUGACUACACCUCUAGGUGUUGAAUCUCUUGGGAAAACACUCGUUUCAAAGUAUUUGUGUGGAGUUUCUGUCCUACGAUCUGGGAGUGCGCUUGAACGAGGGUUUCGAAGGGUGAUUAACAAUGUACCCGUUGGGACAUUGCUAAUUCAGUCCAACUCCAUAGACGGAGAACCACUACUUCUCCAUCUCAAGCUUCCUGUCUCUCUUCGUCAUAGGUCUUCUGCUGAAGAUACAUGGGUUAUCCUCCUCGACGCUCAGAUAGGCACCGGUGCCGCAGCGUUCAUGAGCAUACGCAUUCUGCUUGACCACGGUGUGAGACAAGACCAUAUAAUAUUCGUCACUUUCUUGGUGGCCCGAACGGGUGGGAUUACAACUCUACGUCGAGCAUUUCCUCAUGUGAAAAUCGUCUGUGGAGCUGUAGACAAUGAAAUGCGUGAAGGCUGGUUAGAAGGUGAUCGAGGCGAAGGAAACGAAGAUGGAAUCGGGCGAAAGAUCUGGGUGAUGAGUCCGGGAAUGGGUCAAAUAGGGGAUCGGUAUUAUUUGUGAUUUUGUCGUGCAGUCUGGACUACUUAUGUAAAAUGCUUGGCCUUCGGGUUGCUAUCGAUAUUUUGCAUACAUAUGUUUUGGAAAUAGCACGGUGAAUCGUGAA